GACGCUUUUCGCAGUUGGACCGGUGGGACUCUAAUGUCUGCAACAACCGGUAUCUGUAGUUGUGGGAUGGAGUUUCGUUGACAUAGAUACAGAAAGUCUUAUUUAAUUUUCCUCUUCUGUCGACGCAUAAAUCAACUUCGAUCGGGAGCAGCCAACCCAGAAACAUGGCGGAUAAUAUCAUCAUCAGGGUUCAGUCUCCAGAUGGGAUGAAGAAAAUUCCUUCAACCAGAAAAGAAACAGCAGCUGCCUUUCUUAAAAAGGUGGGCAAAGAGUUUGGGUUCAACUCUAAUGGCUUCUCCAUUUAUCAAAAUCGCAACAAAACUGGAGAGAUCCUGUCACAGAACAAGACCCUCAGUAUCCUCAAGAUCAAACACGGAGACAUGCUGUUUCUGUUCCCAUCGGGAGCCAGUACGUCUCAAGCUGAAGUCAUGGACACCGCGAUGCCCCACUCCUCUUCAUCUUUCCCCUCCUCCUCUUCCUCCUCUUCCUCAUCCUCUUCCUCUUCAAUCAUCCCUCACUCCUUCUCUUCAAAUCACGUCCAGGAAGAUGAGAUCGACCAGUAUCUGACCAAACAAGAUGGAAAAAUCUACAGGAACAGGGACCCACAGCUUUGUCGCCAUGGUGCCAUGGGGAAAUGUGUGCACUGCGUACCAUUAGAGCCUUUUGACGAGGACUAUCUGAACCACCUGGAUCCUCCGGUGAAGCACAUGUCGUUCCAUGCCUACCAGCGCAAACUGACCGGAGGAGCAGACAAGGGAAAGUUUGCUGCGCUGGAGAACAUCAGUUGUAAGAUAAAGUCGGGCUGUGAAGGUCAUCCUCCGUGGCCCGAAGGAAUCUGCACAAAGUGUCAACCUAGCGCCAUCACACUGAACAGACAGAAAUACAGACAUGUAGACAACAUCAUGUUUGAGAACCACACCAUCGCUGACCGCUUCCUGGACUUUUGGAGGAAGACGGGGAGCCAGAGGAUGGGCUAUCUGUAUGGACGCUACACCGAGCACAAAGACAUCCCCCUGGGCAUCAGAGCAGAGGUGGCUGCCAUCUAUGAACCACCACAGACGGCAACUCAAAACAGUCUUGAGCUGUUGGAGGAUCCCAAAGCAGUGGCCGUGGAUGAAAUCGCAGCCAAAUUGGGACUGUGCAAGGUUGGCUGGAUUUUCACUGACCUGGUUUCUGAGGACACAAGAAUAGGGACAGUACGCUACACAAGAAACCAGGACUCGUACUAUCUGAGCGCGGAGGAGUGCAUCACGGCCGGACACUUCCAAAACCAGCAGCCGAACCCCUGCAGCUCUCCAGAGGGCCACUUCGGAUCCAAGUUUGUCACAGUCCUCGCAACAGGGGGCCCAGAUAACCAGGUGCACUUCGAGGGGUACCAGGUGUCCAAUCAGUGCAUGGCUCUGGUGCGGGACGAGUGUCUGCUGCCCUGUAAAGACGCCUCAGAGCUUGGAUACGCCAAAGAGUCCAGCCCCGAACAGUACGUCCCCGAUGUCUUCUACAAGGAUAAAGAUAAAUUUGGGAAUGACGUCACGUUUCUAGCUCGGCCGCUUCCUGUGGAGUAUCUGAUCAUAGAUAUCACAACCACUUUCCCAAAGGACCCCCAGUACACGUUCUCCUCGUCUCAACGCUUCCCCAUCGAAAACCGGGAAAUGCUCGGAGAAACACAAGAUUUCCACAGUUUAGCCACGUACUUGUCCCAGUGCAGCUCCACGGUUUUCCUGAACAUUGUGUCAGACUUCCACCUGCUGCUCUUCCUGGUCACCAACGAAGUCAUGCCUUUAGGAGACAGUAUUGGUCUGCUCCUCGAUGCAGUGAAGACGUCUAAUGAAGAUUUGGCUCAAACCUGGAAAAAAUCUGAGCAAUGGGCAACAAUCGAGCAACUCUGCAGCACAGUGGGUGGCCAGCCGUCCAGUUCUCAUGGUUAUGGUGCGAUGGGCGGUCCCUCGGCACCAGUCUCCGCCUCCUCCAUGUGGUCCUGUCUGCACUGCACCUUCAUGAACCAGCCGGGCACCGAGCACUGCGAAAUGUGCAGCCUGCCACGCAGCUAGGCCCCGCCCCCUCACAGCUAGGCCCCACCUCCUCCCAACACACACCGCCAAGGGUCAUUUUGACAAAACCUCAACUCUCCAGCUCCUCACCUGUUAAACCUGCCCCUUGAAUAGAGCUGGUUUUGGAAGUAAAAUUUUCAUUCAUUUCUUCAUUGACUUGAGACUAACUAUUAAACAGUUUGAAAGCUUGAUUUUUGGUUUAUCAGCUUUGUGCUCUCUCACGAAAUAUGUGGAUCUGAAACUUUAAAGUUAUUUUUGUUCAAAUUCUUUUACUUUUUAGAUUAUAUAAUAUUAUUUCAGUGUGGUCAUAAGUUGCCUCAUACUUUGUUAGUUUCUCGUACUUGAAGGUGCUCUACGUACAUGUUCUGGUGGAGGAUGCGCCACCUGCUCGUCUCCAUGGAGAUGUUAUUGCUUUGCCUGGAAUGUUCCACAGUAUACCAUUUAACUUAUCUGUCUUGCAAUUAUUCAAUUUAUACAUCUUUUUAUUGCUAAAAAAUAUCUCGGAAAAAUAUGUAUUUUUAUUGUGAAUGGGCUUGCCUUUCCAUAGAUCUGACCUGUAUCUUGGCCUGUAACCAGUUUGUCUCCAUGGAAAUAGAUACGUUUUAAUGCCUUACUGAAACAUUCUGAGCAAAGUGGAACAUCUCCAAGCAGACGGAGACGAGCAGAUGACAGAUCUUCCUCCUGAAAAGUUACAUAGUGCUCCUUUAAACUCAGAAUGUUUGAUUUUGAAAGUUAUUUUAGGAAAACAAAAGAAUAUUUUACUUGCAAAACCAGAAUUUUCCACUUUCUAUUGACCUCCAUAGUGAGAACCAUUAAGAAACGACUUGCCCCUCUUUUCUUUGGACAAGAUUACAAACAAAAGGAAUCGAGGAGUUUACAUUUUGAGAAUUAAGACGCGUCCCAAACCCACACUGAGGCCCUUGAAGCCCCUUUCCCCGCCCACUUCCUGCAGUGACAUCACACACCAGGAAGCAGCUGCAAUGGUUUUCCUGCAAAUGUCUCGUUUUCACAUUUUUGAGCCUCUCGUUUUUUCAUUUUCAGGCAUUAAAAAACAGAAAAUUACAGGUUUACAUUGAAUAAAUUAUAUAAUGGAUCAAACUGUGCAAAACUUACUAAUGUUGAGAACUUUAAAGCACUUUUUGGUUAGGAUUUCCUCCUCCUUCUUUUUUCUCCCAAUUAAAUCCUACAAUAAUUUAUUUUCAAAAAUAUAAAAACGUUAAAGCAGGUGAUAAAAUAAAUGCUCAAUGGCCCUAUCUUGCAAUGGUACAUAAUUUUUAGGGAACAGUUUUCUAUUUUCAAACCAGGAUAGUUUUUCUUUUGAUAUCUGGCUAGUGAUUGUAACAAAUAUUUAGAUUUAGUAUUUCAGUUUUUUUCUUCUUCUGCAACAAAAUUACUCUUGACUGAAUUGAUAAAAGCUCAAAAAAAAAAUACAGUUUGAUUUUUUUUUGUGGCUGUUAUCUCGAAAAUAAUUCACACCUACUUGCAUUGUAGCUUUGACGAUUAAUAGCAAAAGUAAAUAUGUAGCCUGAUCCUCUUUAGACAAGACGUCACACUGGACAAAUGGUGCUUUUAGACUAAACUACUGGUGCUCCUUCCCUUCUAUCUAUCAGCUCUUUUUCCCCCCGAAUUCAAACAUGUUUUUCUCAUCAUUUCGUUGUUCAAAGCGGAGAGGUCAAAGGACGCGGCAGCUGCUCCACAUCUGGAUACAGAGUGGGUGCCGUCUUUAAAAUCUUUUGAAAAAUAGGGAUGAUGAUGUCGAUUUUGUACAGCUGCUGUUUUUGAAUGGGAUACUGACAAAACUAAAGUCUAUUGAUUCUUUAUCUAAUACUUCGCAAGCCUUAAUCUUGAUAUUUUUUUGUUUAAAGGGCCCAUAUUACGCUGUUUUCUGAUCUGUUCAAUCCGUGUAUCAUUCGUUCAUUUGUUUUUCAAUAUAAAACCAAAAAUAAGAAAAUGAAAAAACAACUAUUUUCUUCAUUAUUUGUCUCCAAAACCAAAAUGAAAAAAUGGAUAACGAUUUGUUUUUUCAGUUUUUGAUUUUGUGGUUAAAUGAAUAAUGGAAAAAAAAUUUAUAACGCCCGUGUCCAUUUUCCGAGACUUAAACUGUGAUGACAGACUGAACCAGGACUGAACCAGGUCUAAAUCGGUCUCAGUCCUGGUCUCAGUCCUGGUCUCAGUCCUGGUCUCAGUCCUGGUCUCAGUCCUGGUCUCAGUCUCGGUCUCCGUUCCGGCCUCUGUCCUGGUCUCAGUCCUGGUCUCAGUCUCGGUCCCCGUUCCGGUCUCAGUCCUGAUCUUCUCCCAGUCUCAGUCCCUGUCUCAGUCCUGGUCCUGGUCUGGUCCAGAUCUGGUCCCGGUCUGGUCCCAGUCUCAGUCCUGAUCACCUGACAGUCUACGUGUGUGCAACUCCGACACUCCCGCUUCAGUCCCGGUUCAGUUCUCCUUCAGUUCUCGUUCAGUCCUGGUUCAGUUCUCGUUCAGUCCUGGUUUAGUCCUGGUUCAGUCCUGGUUCAGUCCGGCAUCGCAGUUUAAGUCACGUAAACGGGAAUCGGGCGUUAUCCGCUUUUUCCAUUAUUCAUUUAAACGCAAAAUAGAAUUCUGAAAAAAACUAAUAAUUUUCAGUUGUUUUUUUUUUUCAUUUUUGUUUUGGAGACAAAUAAUGAAAAAAUUAGUUGUUUUUUCAUUUUCUUAGUUUUGGUUUUAUUUAAAAAAACGAAUGAACGAAUGAUACACAGAUUCUGUUAUAAUACUGUUUCCUCAUCACAAACAUCCCUGGAGUUGUUUUGUUUCAUUCACAUGUUUAACACACAAACCUGCAUAUUUAGACUGAGUUUUUCUCUCAAACUGAAAACACUCCAUUUCACUUUGUGAUGUCAUGUAGUAAUACAGGUGCUCUACUCUGCACACCUUCACUGGAAUCAUUUGGAUAAUUUUAGCUCUGGAGUUGCCAAUUUCUACUGAACUAAAGGUAAAACUUCGCUGUUAACUUGAAAACUACCACUUCAUGACAUCACAAGGUGGAAUGGAGCAUGAAUGAAUGCAUGCGAAUGAAACAAAACACAACUCCAGGUAUGUUUUUGGUGAGUUAACAACAUUAUAACAUGUCUUAAAGCUCACAAGAGUUAAUUUUGCGUAAUAUUGGACCUUUUAAUUAAUGCAGAAGUCUUAAUAGUUGAAAGAAAUUUGGCAAUAAAGACAAGCCAACCAUGAAUACCAGGACUGCACAAGUUCUAACCAAGUCCAGCCCAUCUAAACCAACUUAAUCCAUAAUUCAGAUUUAUUUCUUUUGCACUGACAAAACAAAAAUGAUUUGUUUUAAAACUUUUACAUUGAGAAGAAGAGACCAGAAGAAACACUUAACGUUCACAGCACUUGGAGAAACGUCACAAUAGCAUGACAGAAUAAAUGUAUCACGCUUAUGUCUGGACCAAAAUGUACAUAAAGAAUGAUGUCAAAAUGCGAGACGAUCAAACGGUCCAAGCCUUAACACAAACCGAAACCAUGGAAACCAAAGCACUUAAAAUACAUACGGACAUUUAGCCAUUUUACACUGGUUUAAAAAGUUCACGUCAUCUUUAUAAAAACGCAUUAAUAAAUCACUUUUCCAACUGACACUCUAAAAAAAAAAAAUAAUAAUAAUAAAGUGCACAAAUGUUCCAAUCUGCAAAAAACACAUUUAGUUGCUGCAUCAUGUAACUUUUCUGGUGAAGGUUAUGCCACUUGUUUGUCUGGAAGUCGAGAUGUUAUGGCUUUGCCUGGAAUGUUCCGCAGUAUAGCUUUAAACCUGACUAUCUUGUAUUUUCUCAGUUGCAAGGGUUUUUAUUGCACAAAAAUACCUUGAAAAACAUGCGUUCUUACUGUGAGUGGGGGCGCCUCUCCACAGAUCUGACCUGGAACUUGGUCGUGCGGCGUCACCAAUAUAAAGAUAGGUUUAAUGCCAUAUUGUGGAAUAUUCUAGGCCAAAGAAUAACCUCUCCAUGGAGACUAUCAGGGGGCAGAUCUUUCACCAGAAAAGUUACACAGUGCACCUUUAAACUCCAUCUUAGUAAAUCAGCUGUUUGCACCCAGCCCAUAGUAUCGGACACUGCCCUUAAGUGAAGUUUUGCGUUUGAACAGUUUGACUCUGGGGCUGUUGUGUUUUGGGGAGAGGGGCGCCUCGCUCAGACCGAUCUGUGUAAGAGGCGUGCGGUUCUUUUAGCUGUUAUUCCAUUGACAAAGUGAGGAGGACAGAUUUUAGUUGUAGCUGAAUUUGGUUGUUUUUUUGCCCAGUUUUUGGUGUGAAUUGCGAGCGUUUCUCUGAUGUCAUGGACAGCUUUUCCUUUUGUAAUGAUCUGGACGUUUGCUGAGCAAACACUGCUCCUCCUCUUCAGCGACUGGAGCUCCACAAGGGGGCGCUGUUCACAUGGAUUUAAACUAAAUAAAAUAAUAAUAAACUAUUCCUACCA